AUGGGAAGCGCAGCAGCGAAUCUGCUUGGCAGACAACUGAAAGAAAUACAAAAGGCAAAAGAUUUACCAGGCAUAAGCUGUGGGCUUGUGAAGGAUAAUAUUUUCGAAUGGGAUGUUAUGCUCAUGUUGAGUGACGAGUGCAAAUACUAUGGCGGCAUGCUCUAUUGCCCAACUCCCUUGAAGUCUUUCGUAGCUCGAGGCAACUGGCGCUGUCUUCUCUCUUUUCCCGAAAACUAUCCACAUGCACCUCCGACGCUUACCUUUUGCGAUCCAAUUCCAUUCCAUCCAAAUAUCUAUGCGGAUACAGGCGUUCUCUGUAUAUCCAUUUUACAUCCAUCGGGAACAGAUGACUUUGGAUACGAAGAUGCGAGCGAACGAUGGACCCCAAUUCAAACUCCAGAAACUAUCUUAUUAAGCGUGGUCAGUCUCAUGAAUGAUCCAAAUGAUAGUAGUCCAGCAAAUGUGGACGCGGCAAAGAUGUGGAGGGAAGCACAAGCAAAUCCCAAGGGCAAAGAGAUGAGAGAGUGGAAGUCUAGAUGUAGGGCAUUAGUCAGACAGAGCUUGGGGGACUGA